AUGCGAAGACACAGAAAUGAAGUGACAGUUGAACUUCGAAAGAACAAAAGAGAUGAGCACUUACUGAAAAAAAGAAAUGUUCCGCAAGAAGAAAGUUUAGAAGAUUCAGAUGUUGAUGCUGAUUUUAAAGCACAAAAUGUAACACUAGAAGCUAUACUGCAGAAUGCCACGAGUGAUAACCCAGUGGUCCAGUUGAGUGCUGUCCAGGCUGCAAGGAAGUUGUUAUCCAGUGACAGAAAUCCACCAAUUGAUGACCUAAUAAAAUCUGGGAUUUUACCAAUUCUAGUCAAAUGUCUAGAAAGGGAUGAUAAUCCUUCACUACAGUUUGAAGCUGCUUGGGCAUUAACUAAUAUAGCAUCAGGAACUUCUGCACAGACUCAGGCUGUUGUACAGUCUAAUGCCGUACCUCUUUUCUUAAGACUUCUCCAUUCACCACAUCAAAAUGUUUGUGAACAAGCAGUAUGGGCUUUGGGAAACAUUAUAGGUGAUGGUCCUCAAUGUAGAGAUUAUGUCAUAUCACUGGGAGUUGUCAAACCUCUUCUGUCCUUCAUCAAUCCCUCCAUUCCCAUCACCUUCCUUCGGAACGUCACAUGGGUCAUUGUCAAUCUCUGCAGGAAUAAGGACCCCCCACCGCCUAUGGAGACAGUUCAGGAGAUUUUGCCAGCAUUAUGUGUCCUCAUAUACCAUACGGAUAUAAAUAUUCUUGUAGAUACUGUUUGGGCUCUGUCAUAUCUGACAGAUGGAGGCAAUGAGCAGAUACAGAUGGUUAUUGAUUCAGGGGUUGUACCAUUUCUUGUGCCCCUUCUGAGCCACCAAGAAGUGAAAGUUCAAACAGCAGCACUCAGAGCGGUUGGCAACAUAGUGACUGGUACUGAUGAACAGACACAGGUUGUUCUCAAUUGUGAUGUCCUGUCACACUUCCCAAAUCUGCUAUCACAUCCAAAAGAGAAGAUCAAUAAGGAAGCAGUGUGGUUCCUUUCCAACAUAACUGCAGGCAACCAGCAACAAGUUCAAGCUGUGAUAGAUGCUGGACUAAUCCCUAUGAUUAUUCAUCAGCUUGCUAAGGGUGACUUUGGAACACAAAAAGAAGCUGCUUGGGCAAUUAGCAACUUAACGAUAAGUGGCAGAAAAGAUCAAGUUGAGUACCUUGUACAACAGAAUGUAAUACCACCAUUCUGUAAUUUACUCUCAGUAAAAGAUUCUCAAGUUGUUCAGGUGGUUCUAGAUGGUCUGAAAAACAUUCUCAUCAUGGCUGGUGAUGAAGCAAGCACAAUAGCUGAAAUAAUCGAAGAAUGUGGAGGCUUGGAGAAAAUUGAAGUUUUACAGCAACAUGAAAAUGAAGACAUAUAUAAAUUAGCUUUUGAAAUCAUAGAUCAGUAUUUCUCUGGUGAUGAUAUUGAUGAAGAUCCUAGCCUCAUUCCUGAAGCAACACAAGGAGGUACUUACAAUUUUGACCCAACAGCCAAUCUUCAAACAAAAGAAUUUAAUUUUUAAGUUCAGUUGAGUGCAGCAUCUUUCCCACUUUCAAUACGAAGCACCACCAGAUGGCUACCAAAUGACAAGAACAACAACAAAAGGCUCCAAAACACACAUGCCUCUUCGUUUUGAUGCUUUUAAAGCAAGCCAUGUCUCAGUCACUUUGCAGUUGCCAAAAGUCACUAUCACAUGGACUGUAAAUGCAUAUGCAUGAUUUCCUAAACUGUUUUAGAAUUCUCCUUACCAAUCUCAACUACCCUACCUUUCCCUGUUCCCUGGUGCCACACGCUGACAACUGCAGUCUCCAGUUUAGAAUAUUCCAUAGUGGUGGCAUGCCAGCUGCCCACUUUGAUAUUCCUUUGGAAAAUGGUGCGCUGUGGAUCAAGACAUUUUGGUAUGAUGCAUAUACACGUUGGAAGACUUUAAAGAGGUGCAGUCUGACCUGAGCCUCCAUCAUUAUCCUCCACAAACAUAUUUUCAUAUUCUUAUGUGGAAGAAUAGAUUUUAAAGUACAAACCAAAUGAUUUUCAUUGGUGGAACUGACACACAAAAAAGAAACUUGGUUAUUGAUUAAACAGAUAAGUUUUAAAAACUGUACUUCAUCUACCAGUAAUUGAUGUGUUUAUUAUCUGCCUCAGAAGCCAGGGUUGGAGGAAGAACUUUAGCUAUGGAUGGUAAUGCUUUUGCCAUUAUACCUAAUUCUUUGAGAACAGCAAGCCCUAUUUGACCACUCACUUCAGCCUGUGUGUUCCUGCUGUUUUGAAGUAAUCAAAUGCUGUGCAUGGUAUUUUACCUGAGCUGCAACCUGUUACGGACUUGAACUUCUGUUUAAGUUGAAAGCAAGAGUCCCUGACUAUAAGAGGAAUAAAAAGCGAAGGUCUAAAUAGUAACCAUUGGUGAUGUUAGAAAAAAUCUUGCUUUCAGCUUUCAGGAGUUGUUAUUUUUCAUUUUAAAUUGAUAAUUGGAUAUGGUUGAUUUAUAUUGGGUUUAAACUGUGGAGCUUUCAUGUUUACUGUAAUUUAGUCUUAAAAUAUUUUUUACUUAGUAACCAGUGCUUUUGAUAAUGUGGUUGGCAACAAACCAGCAACUAUUUAGAAGUGUCAUAAAACUUCAUUCUUUAAGUAUUGGGAAAGUUAAUUCAGAUCCUACUCUAAAAGUAUAGUCACAUAUUAAAAGAUUCAGACAAGGAUCUGUGUAGAGGAAUAAUCUGCAGUUAUUUAACAUAAACCUGAUUUGCAGUGAUCUUUAGGUAAUGCUGCAAAUCUGGUAUUACUAUGUAAAGUCCUUGCUUUUUGGUAAAUUGUCUCACCCAGUUAUUAAUGAAAGAAUAUGGAUUUGAAAUUUUUUAAACUGAAUAACUUAUGCUAUCACAAAAAACGGUUUUGUUGCUAUUGUUUACUGGGUAUAUAUAAUUCCCUAAUACAUUGAUGUGAAGGGAUAGAAAAUCUAAACUACUUUAGUUAUUCUAUGGGGGUUGUAUUUACUUUGAGGAAGAUGAGACAGAUGCCAUCAGCUGGGGUGUUUUCACUGAUAAACAACACAUAGCAGGUGUGCAUUCAUUACAAAUAUAUGUAUCUGCCAAGGUGGAGCCACUUUAAAGAGUGAGUUUUGUCUUGUAUCUAAAGUAGAUACAAGCGUAUGUUUAAACUGCAAGAUUUUUACUUGCUAGAGAAUCUGUUUUAAUAUAGUGGUUUGGCCUCUGAUUAUUUAUAGGUUUUAUAAAUUUUAGAACCAAUUUCUCUUUAAGGUGGCUCAGAUUUUUCAACUCUUGUGCACAUAAAAUUGAGUUGAAGUUCAUUGUGCCUUUUUUUCUUUAUCCAAUUUUUGAGUUAAAGCUUCAUAUGGUAACUGCAUCCUGUUCAGACACUGUAAAUUUUUGAAACUGUGUGGUGUUCACUAAAAGUAGGAAUAACAAAGUCAAAGCUAUUAAGGUCACAAACUUCAGUGAAACCCUUAAAGUCCAAAUCUUCUUGAUAUUGUGAAUUGUACCCCUUCUGGUUUAGUUUCUUCUGGACUCUCCAUAUUUACUGACAGUUACCUUUUAAGUUUUGCACACAUUGAGAUUAAAUUGGGCCUCUAAUGUGCAGAUUCCUAUAUUCUCUUGUGUUUUAAGUGCGAACUAACAUAAGUAAACAUUAGUAUCAAGUAAUGCAGACUUACGUAUGCACUUGCUUGAUCCGAUUUGUUGUGACCUUAUCUGUUUGGAAUUGGAAUUGCACCAUUUCGUAGAUAAAGGAAGCUAAGUAUAUUGCUGCACUUUUAUGUUUUCAAACAGUGUUGAAAAAAUUGCAUUGUUUUUAUUUUUUUUAAACUCAGUUAAAAAAAGACUAAAACAUUCUUUCAAAAGAGGCAUCUAAAUGUGUUCCUAAUUUUGUAUAUGGGCUUAGGUUUUGUAACCAAUAAAAAAAAGCUGCUAUCAAAUAUGA